GCAAGCAGUCUCAAAAUACCCACCUACAACAUACAACUGCUUAUAAAUUUGUGAUUGGCUGUUGUAAAACAGAGCAAUAAAGUUGUUGAAAGCAAUCCAAAAUGGCCGCACCCGUGAAAGCAGAUGUCCGAAGAUCUUCUGUAUGUUUUCAGUUUGUUGGAAAGUAAAAUUUUUAAAAAGUAGGUGCGAACACACACAGUGAAAUAUGUCAACACCUGUACGAAAAGUAAAGCAGGUACCUGCCAAAACAUCUUUCAACAGUCCAUACAGUAUUGCAUGGUGCCCUUUGCCAAGUGCGGACAUGCAUUUUAUUCUGCAGCUAUUACAAGACAAAUUUAAACAAAUUGGUCUGCACAAGAGGGAACCUCCAAAACGAAAAAGAAAAUGCCAAACUGCUAAAAAAUCAGAAAGUAGCGACCAAAUGGAGCUUGAGCAAACUCCCCAUGAAGAAAAGAAAGAGAUGCCUGAAAGCAUGCCUCCAGUAACAGAACCAGGAUGGACUGACCUGUCUCUCAGAAAACAGUUGGCUAUAGGAAUCAACGAAGUAACCCGGGCUCUGGAAAAGAACGAACUUUGCCUAGUGUUAGUUUGCAAAUCUGUGAAGCCUGCUCAUAUGACCACUCACUUAAUUCAGCUAAGUGUAUGUCGUGCAGUCCCUGCUUGUCAGGUGCCACGUCUGAGUGAGAAUAUAGCUGCUGUGCUGGGUCUUAAGUGUGCCCUGGCACUGGGCUUCAAAAGAAACUCGGAAAGCUUCACUGAUGAAGUCAAAGCCAUAAUACCAAAAGUCCCUUCACUGCAGGUUUCUUGGAUUCAUCAAGAUAGUAAAAUUGCCACGGAAGAUACAAGUCUUUCCAGAGAAGAAACUGUCACACAAGGAGGGCCGAAGGAAGGGUUUGACGAGCCGCUCAAGAAGCGGAAGCUUGGUGAGGAUUCGCCAGAAGAGGAGCUGAAAAGUGAAGAAGUGAUAACUUUGCAACCCCUUAAAAUAAAAAAGGUGAUUCCUAACCCCCAAAAGAUACGCAAGCCAAAACUGAAAAAGCAGAAGAAAUAGCACACCUAACUAUUCCUAUUUCAUAUGAACAAGCUGAGGUGUCUGGAUUUGUAACUAAAAGUAGUAAAUGGAACACAUCACAAAAUGUGAGCAGAACUGGCCACACAUAAGCCUAAAAUCACCAAUGUAACAUAUUUUAAAUAUUCUUGUGCAGACAAAAAAAAAGAGGGAUGGUGUUACAGGACUAGCAAAAUCAUGCAGUAGUGCCUAAGGUAUUCAUUUUAGUAUUUGUAAUAUGCAUGUUUGUUAACCUAGAAAGGUGGUGAAUGUUGAUCCUUGUAUUUUUUUCCAACCGGUUACUGCAGUAACCUUUAUACAGGAUUAUAUGAUAUUGUGGAAAGAGCAGAUCGCUUUCUGAAGACUACCACUGUAUAAAGUGCUGCAGUAUGUUGCCCAUUGUUUAUUCUUCCACCUUUUCCUGUUUUCUUUGCUCGCAGGUGAUUUGUCUUUACACUGCAUUUUCUUUUGCUAGUCCAUCUCUCUAAACUGUGAUUGUAAUCUUGCAGUUGAUUUAAAUAUGACAGAUUUACCUUUCAAAUCUUCAAGAAAAUUGUACAAGCAUUCCAGUUCAUAAAACAAAACAGGACAGAGCCUCAAAAUAAACAAAACCAAUUUCACACAGGUUUCUGUUCAUUUAUUUCCCUGCUCCAAUUGCAAUCUGUAUCUAGGUUUGGCAGACACAAAGAAAACUACUUUGUUUUUAAUAAAUAUUGUCAUGUUGAACAAUGA